AUGGCACUGCACUUCACCGAUAAAACUAAGGUAAUUUUAACAGGAGACUUCAACCUGCCCACUAUUGAUUGGACGUCCUGUAAAGUAGGGGAGCCGUGCAACACAACGCAGCAGUGCUGGCUGAAAGACCCCGACCUCACCUGCCUGGAUCAGCUGUGCGCAUGCCCUGCCGACAAGUUCCCGACGGCUGAGGGUCGUUGCAACCCGCGGCGGAAGCUGGGGGAGAACUGUACGAAUGACAAGGCGUGCUCGGCAAUGUUAGCGGCAUGCAUCAACGGCCUCUGCAGCUGUCCGGUGGGAUUCAAACUCCAGAAGGAAAACUCGUGCGUGAAAUCAGAUAUUCCGGUUGUCUGGAAAAGGGUCGCAGUGGUAAUAUCUGUUUCGAUUGCCUGUGCCCUCCUGCUUCUCCUCUUGUGCUGCAUCGUUCUCCUAAUGUUGAGGUGA